AACUCGGUGAGUCGCAAGUGCGUGUGUAACACGCAUAAACAGAAAAGAAAACAGUAAAAGAGAAGUCAAUCAUCUCUCUCUCUCGUACUUUCAUUUCCUUCUUCGCUUUUUCUAUUACUACUGUUCUUCCUUUUAUUACUUUCAUUCAUUCACUCUACUUUUAUCUUUCUUCCUCUUUUCAUAAACCUGAAUCAAUUCUGUUACACUCCGAUUCACCUGAAUGCAUUUUCUCCUCAACCACGAUCCUUCUUUCCUCUUAGUCUAGGGUUUCUCUCAAAUCAAUUUCCAUGGCUAUCAGAGGCAUCGAUUUCAAGUGGUACGAUGGAUUUUUCCUUUCCAUGCUCGCCACUAGUGUGUAUCCUUUUUCAAUACCCCUAAUUUUUCUAUCAUUUUGCAUUUUCAAUUGCCACAUACUAUACUAUACUAUGCUUUGUAUUCUUGACACUUCAAUUUCUAGAGUUAUUGUUGCAAUCAAUUGGAAGCGUUAUCAUUCUUGUACAUACCCAUUGCACAUUUGGAUUGUGGUGGACUAUACUGCUGUCUUUGUUUUCCGCCUCUUGAUGUUUGUCGAUAAUGGCUUUGCUGCAGGAAUGGGUUUAGAUUUUGGGUGGCAGCAGAGAUAUGCUCGUUUCUGUGGAAGAGUAGUUGUCCUUUCAAUCCUUGCAUUGCUUCUUUAUCCAUUUCUUUGGUCCUGGACUAUAGUUGGUACCAUGUGGUUCAGCAGUGCCAAGAGCUGUUUGCCUGAAGAGGGACAGAAAUGGGGAUUCCUUAUCUGGUUACUUUUUAGCUACUGUGGACUUCUUUGCAUUGCUUGCAUGUCAGUGGGGAAGUGGUUGACUCGACGACAAGCACACUUAGUGCGUGCUCAACAGGGUAUCCCUGUGUCUGAAUAUGGGAUUUUGGUCGAUAUGAUCCGCGUGCCUGAUUGGGCAUUUGAAGCUGCGGGUCAAGAAACAAGGGGCAUGGGCCAAGAUGCUGCUGCAUAUCAACCAGGACUUUACCUAACACCAGCUCAGAGAGAAGCAGUCGAAGCUUUAAUUCAGGAACUACCUAAGUUCAUGUUAAAAGCUGUUCCUACUGAUUGCAGUGAGUGCCCCAUCUGCUUAGAAGAGUUCCGUGUUGGGAAUGAGGUUCGUGGCUUGCCUUGUGCGCACAAUUUUCAUGUUGAAUGCAUUGACGAGUGGCUUAGACUGAAUGUGAAAUGUCCUCGGUGCCGUUGCUCGGUGUUUCCAAAUCUCGAUCUUAGUGCCCUAUCCAAUCUCCGUCCUGAUUCUGAACGAUCUUCUGCCAGUGUUAUGACAACAACUAGAUAUGUGAGAGGGCAACCUUCUAGUCAAAGUUACAUGUUAAGGUUACAGGGACUUCUUCGUCCAGUGCGUGCUGAAAUUGCAGGGCCAGUUGAUGACACAGAUAAUGCUUUGCAAAAUGCCGAGAACGGUGUUGUACCUAUUGUGACACACAAUGCACCAAACAGAGUCCAGGUCUCUUCUGUGGAAUGCAUGCCUGUCAGUCAUUCCUCUCCACAAAGUUAGAUUACGUUGUGAACUUCCCUUAUAUUUCUAACUCAUUCUAGAGGUGAAAGAAUGCAUAUCAACAUCUGGGCUGUAUAAAAAUGGUUCACAUUCUAACAUGAUGUUUUUACGUUGAUCCAUGAAGAAAUGGGUCAGUUUCUUUGUCUGGGGCAUCCAUCUUGGAAUCAAGGUAUACCUUUUUGCUUGACUAACCUAGAUUAGAACUGCAGAUGUGUAAUUGUCUUUUAUGUUUGAUGAAGUGUAAAAAGAGUUCAAAAUUCUAAUCAUAUAUUUUUUUUUUUGUUACCAUAUGUUUUACUUUUGCCUGUUUCAUUUUAUUGGGUGUAAUAUUAUUUUCUUGGAAGAUGGUGAUAUAGGCGGAGAUUUGACUUUGACCAAUGGACAUCACAUUCAAAAAAUAAUUUUUACUGUGUAAAAAAGUUCAGUAGUUGGAAACUUUGUUGAGUACCUUGCAUAUCAUGUUAUCAAUAUCCACAACAUUAAUUUGAUAACAGGAGACUUUGAUUUCUUUAA